GGAAACCCCAAGCUCAGGCUUUGCAUAAAUUGGCUUUCAGUACUGAGAAAUGAACAGAAAAGUUGUUUGCACCAAGCUCGCUCAUAAUGCAAGUCUAGGGGUAGUUGUUAGUGCAGUCAGUAAGCGUUUAUGUAAACCACAUGUUUGUAAAUGAAGUUCUACAUCUCUAUAACGCCUCUUUACAGAGAUGGGACUGUUUUUUUUUUUUCAGAGGGAAGAAUGUGUGGUUAUGUACAGUAUGACUAGCGCCGCUGUGCAUGGACAUCAUAAAACGUGUUUUACUGUUUCAUGUUAGGAACCAGAAGUACUUUUUAUUGUUGAAAAAUCAGCUUUGGUAAGAGAUUUUGUCAUGUUUGCAGAGUGCAAUAGUUCACUGUAUUUCAGUUCUUUUUUUCAGUACAGUGCUAAGCACACUACACUAGAGAUGUGGCAUAUAGAGAUAUAGUUUGAAACACUGGAGUAAUCAUUUCAUUUUGUUAAUAUUGAUAAAAGAAUGGUUUAUAAUCAGCUUUGUUUGUUUUAUAUGUUUGUCACCUUGCUGUAUGUGUUCCACUAAAUCUUUAUAGAUUUCCCACCUGUCACUAUCAGCUCAUCACUGUGGACUUUAACCGGCAGUUUUUCAGACAUAUGAAUUCAGUAUGUUUCUGAUAAUUCCUCCUCUCUUUCUUCCCCUUUAUGUUUUCUUUUUUUCUUUUCUUUCUUUCUUUCUUUUUUUUUUUUGCAGCCCUGGGUAAAGACCGUGUCAGGCGCUCGGCGUACUGCAGCGUCUGGGGACCAUAAAUAGGGACGGACUGAUUCUGCUUCCUGUCAGCAGCCAGCACAGAGGACGAGGACGUGGUGUAUUGGAUGUGAGACAGAGAGCCAGCUAGAGAUACGGCAAGGUGUCGCUUCCGCUUGUAGCGCACCGCACUAUACAGAGAAACUUUCACCCAGAAUGCAUAGCAGCGAGCAGCAUGUGGUGUGCGGCUGAGUUCCUGUCUCGCUUUCAGAAGGACCUCUGCACCAGCACCACACGCAGGUGGGUACUGAAGGUAGUGCCCUCUCUUGCUGCAGCUUGGACCCGCUUGUAGUGCCAGUCCCUGCUUUUUCGCAAGCUUGCUAUCCAAAUCAGGCCUGGACCUUCAGCCGGUGACCUCUGACCGCUGAUCCUGCAAACCCCUGCCACCUCUGCAGACCCCAGACCUGCCACGUGCACCACCUUCCACACAGCCGCAGUACCCCAGGAGCUGCCAAGUGCCAGCGGGAUCGCUUGAAGUUGGAACGUUUUCACAAUCGGAGCUUUCUUUUAUGUGCGUGUGCGUACACAUGUGUGAAAAGAGAAAAAACAGCCAGAAGUAAAAAAAAAAAAAAAAAGUCUUUUCUUUUCUUUUCUUUUCUGCUGCCUGGGAAUUCUCUGCCAUUCUGUGUGUCACGCCCUUGACCCCCACACACUCCUUCGUGGAAUAGGCUUCAUGUUGAUUGUUUGAAAAAGAGAAGCAAAGAGAGACUUCCCAUUAAAGGACAACCAGCAGAUCCUCCUGACCUUGAACACACACACACACACACACGCACAAGUUUGUGUGAGCCAUGGCAAUGAACAUGGCACACAUUCGUGACCCAAAAUGGCUGACACUGGAGGUGUGUCGUGAGUUCCAGAGGGGCACGUGCUCACGCUCAGAUGCUGAGUGCAAAUUCGCCCAUCCAGCCAAGAGCUGCCAGGUGGAGAACGGCCGAGUAAUCGCCUGCUUCGACUCGCUCAAGGGGCGCUGUUCCAGAGAGAACUGUAAGUACCUGCACCCACCUCCCCACCUGAAGACGCAGUUGGAGAUAAACGGCCGCAAUAACCUGAUUCAGCAGAAGAACAUGGCCAUGCUCGCCCAGCAGAUGCAGAUCGCCAGUGCCAUCAUGCCUGGCAGCCAGCUUCAGCCAAUGUCUUUUUUCUCUGUCACGCCGAACUUAGCCACCAAUGCCAGUGCAGCAGCUGCAGCAGCGGCGGCUACGUUUAACCCAUACCUGAGUCCCGUAUCGCCAGCACUAAUGCCCACUGCUGCUGACAUCCUGCCCAGCGCACCAGUCCUGAUCGGUGGAAAUCCUGCUGCUGUGGCACCUGUAACCUCCACAGCCAACACAGCUGCCCAGAAACUACUGCGCACUGACCGCCUGGAGGUGUGUCGCGAGUACCAGCGUGGUAAUUGCUCUCGCGGUGAGACAGACUGCAGAUUUGCUCACCCGGCUGACAGCACCAUGAUAGACUCCAGCGAGAACACCGUCACUGUGUGUAUGGACUACAUCAAGGGCCGCUGCUCACGGGACAAAUGCAAAUAUUUCCAUCCUCCUGCACACCUGCAGGCCAAGAUCAAAGCAGCACAGCACCAGGUGAACCAGGCCACAGCCACCGCGGCCAUGACGGCUGUCAAAUCACUGAAGCGACCCCUCGAGGCCACCUUUGACCUGCAGGGCCUUCCUCAUAGCCUAAUUCCUCCUUUGCCAAAGAGACCAGCCCUUGAGAAAACCAACGGUGCCACCACCAUGUUCAAUGCCGGCAUGCUGCAGUACCAACAGGCGCUGGCCAACAUGCAGUUUCAGCAGCAGUUUAUUCCUUCAGGCUCAAUAUUGUGCAUGACUCCUGCAACAAGUAUGGUACCCAUGAUGCACGGCGCUUCACCGGCCGCUGUGUCCGCAGCAACCACGUCCGCCACUACUGUUCCCUUCGCAUCCGCAUCAGCCAAUCAGGACUCUUCUCUAUCAAAGCUGACUACCAACGAAUACAUGCAAUUGAUUCCAAUAAUAUCUGCAGAACAUCUGACUAGCCACAAGUAUUUGACUCAAAUGUAGCCAGAGGCCAAACCAAUCAAACGAAUCUGCCCAUGUUACCAAGGACAGACACAAACAGUUUAACUGCGACAAAUAUCCACAUUUCAUUCACAUCAUUAGAGCCCUUGGGGUAUCUUUAGUUCAGUGAUAUAAUAUUUAAAGGACUAGUCCAUGACAUACCAAUAUGCAGAAACAUGCAGUGCCCUUAGAAGUGAUGUGGAACGGAAAGAAAUUGAUGUACAUAAGAUGGGUUCAUACAUUUAGAAACACUUCGCUAGAAAUAGUCUGUUAGUACCAAGUCUAGUUAGUACCAACAGAUGUGAUAACAAUAGACCAAAAUUAUUAUUAUUAUUUUUUAAAUUACCUCCAUUAGGUAUUUAAUUGAUGUUAUUUGUCAGUAACACUUUACCAAGGGUUAGAAUUGUAGAGCUGGUGUUUAAGCUGAAGAGUAGAUACUGAACACCAUGGCACUGAAAUUUCGUCCCAAACGAUCAUACUAUAACAGCUAUAGUAAUCAAUUGUCAGGUCUUUUUUUUUCCUUUAUAGUGAGUAAAGUGGUAAGACCACUCUAAAUUUUGUGCUCGGGUGUGAUGGGAACAUCCAAAGUGAAAAACAGGUGUUUAUUCAGACAGAACAGAGAGAGAGAGAGAGAGAGAAGUGGGUCUGUGUUGCGUGCCUGUUAAACCAGGUACAGUUCACCUUCCAGUCUUAAUGAGCGUACAUUCAUUAGCCAUGUUAGUUUGGACAAGCCUACAUCAGUGAAUUGUAACACAUCAUGCCAUGUCCAGUGCUUAAAUGCCAAUGCUUCUUCAUUUAUAUGCAACUAUAAAUAAUUAGCAUUGGUUUUAAUAGUCAAACGUUCAGUUGUAGAUGAACUGAGAAGCGUUAACUGUAACAUCAGGUGAAGCGUUACUGAUUUGACAAGGGUGGUUUACAAAAAAAAAAAAUGUGAAAAUGCACCUUAAAUUUAAAGAUAAUUACAAUUCUUCAUGGCACAAUACAUCCAGUGAAAUGCAAGUGGGGUUUUUUUUUGUUUCUGCUGCAUUAAAAGUGCAGAUUUGCAGAGGAAGGAUCAGGAUUAAAGAAGACUAAUGAAUGUUUUUAUGUAAAACCAGAAUAAUCCUUCUGACCUUUUAAAGCACAUCUUAGCUUUAAAUCAAGCUUCAAAAUAUAUAUAUACAGUAGGCUAUAAAUGGAAAGUGUUAUAUCGACAGUGUUAUUCUGUUUACCAGAGAUUGUUUUUAUACAUAAUUUCAUGUCUACUUUUUUUUUUUCUAAUGAAUUUUUAUCGUUAUUCGUUUGUAAUGCUCUCGAUGGCUUUUCCAUUUAGCCUUAGAUAGGCCUUUUUUCGACUUGCAUGAAAACAGGGUUGCCUUUCCUUCCUGUUGCCAUAUAUAGAGAUUUUUAUUGCCUUGAAUGAUGGAGUGGCUUUUUGUUCAUGAAACGGAGAAUGGGUAUCGGUGAUCACCGCAUGUCUUUACAUUGUCAAAGUAACUCAGACUCUUAGAGCAUGACGUGAAGAGACUGUUUCCAGUCACGCAGCAGAGCGUAAACGAGGGCGCUGCUUGAACCUGAUGGUCAGCUUAGUUUUGAUUUGUUUUGUAUAUGGGAAGACCAGAUAUGUAUUUGUUUCAGGUUUUCUUUUGUAUGGGUUUGGUGCCAUUUGAGGUGUAUGUUUAUGAUUCCUGAUCUCAAACAGCUUUUAGCCUAUGUACAGCAACAACAACAAAAAAAUAUAGAAAAGAGAGAGAGAGAUGAUAAUGUUGAACAUUCUGUUAAGUCGUGCCAAAGUGAUUUUUCUCAUAGUUUUCAUGGGUUUAAUGGUCUAUACUAGUAGUGAGUGGUGAAUGGUCAUGGUAUGAUCAAGGCCAGACCUAGUUAAGAGAAAGAUAAAUGAAGCUACUUCGUAUUUUCUGGUGUAAUUUCAGUGCGUAGUGAGACUGAAAUGUUCAGAAAUGUUCUGACUCCCAGUUGGUGUUAGAUCUAGAUCAGUGGAGCCUAUAUGUCUUAAGUCUAUUUUUGGUGUACAGAGAGAUAUAUCAUUCAGGGUUGGGGUCAAUUCAAUUUACAAGGUUAAUGAAAUGAUUUAUGAAAGACUAUUUAAAAUAUGUUAGUAAAUGUUGUAAAGUUUAAUUCAACUCGUUGGCUGUGGCAAUGGAACGAACCGAAAUGGGAUUGAGCCCAACUCUGGUGCUGUUGCUGUUUCUUCACUGAGGCCUUAGAUUUCAGUUAGUGUUUUUCAGUCUUCAGUCAUUUUUAUUGUUUAUGCAUAUUUUAUAUUUUUAUUAAUCAUUUUAACACAUACUGCUCAGUUGUUUACUUCACCAGCUUAGAUAAAAUCAUAUUGCUACAUGCUGCAUGUUUACUUUGUGGAAUUUACUUAUUUUGUAUUUGGUAAUAUUUGGUUUUAGACUUGUAUUCUUGCUUUCUGGACUUGUAAAUGCGUUUCGUCUCCCAUGUCGCCCCCCUCCCUCCCUCCCUCCGUCUCCAUCUCCAUCUCCAUCAUUGUUAUUUAGUUUUUGUUGUACAUUUUACUCUUUUUUUUUUUUUUGAUUAAUGGUCGAAUGUUUUGACGUUUUUUUUUUAUAUUGAUUGUCUUUUGUUUUGAUAUUGCUUUUGAAAAAUAGUUGAGUUGAAAUGAACCAGUAUGACAUUUCUUAAUUUAACCAGUUUAAUUUGUGCAUAACAAAUCGAGAACUCUUUUUAGUUUACUUAUGGAGCAUAUAUGGAGAGUAAAAAAAAUUUUUCUAUUGUAUCCAUGUUAAAACAUAAAAUUGUAUUUUGAUAUUUAAAAAAAAAAAAAACAUCCCUGAAUGUCAGGCCAAAAAUAUAUAUAUACAUAUACAUAUAUAUAUAUAAUAUUGAAUAUUUAGAUGACGAAGCUGAUGGUGAUGAUAAGAGAAUACGUUGUAGGGACUUUGGCUGCAAGUGAGAGAGCCAUGACCCGAGGGACAAAGGUCGAAUUUUGCACUUGUGUAUAUAGUCAAUAUAAAACAAGGAAAAGAAAACAUGUAUAAUAUGGAGAUCUUAUUUUGAAUAAUAAAAGAUUCUAUGAGACAAUUUGUUAGGAUAAUUUAAGGAAUAUAAAGUAAUAGACCAGCUAACUGAAUUUGCUUGCAGAAGUGGCUCAGCUCCUUUUAUUAUUACUUCAGAUCAUUGCUUAAAAUAAUGAAAAAGCUAAGCAUCGCUCCGCCUUAAUCAUGUGUGCUGCCUAUCAUUCAAACCUCAGUGCUGACAUUUUGGCAAGUUUUUUCUUCACUUGUCUGGCAUGCAGUAAAAUCAGACACUGUUUUUCUGUGAAAAAUUUACCAAAGGAGAGUAUAAUGAGGUAAAACCAUUGGACUGUAAUCGAUUCCAAAAACUGAAGAUUUGUUUUUGAUUAUUGGCACAUUUAUCA